AUGCCAGAGGGAGAUGAGGUUUCCGAGAUAGGAGCAGGUCGAAGCUCAAUGUCAGUUGAAGAAGCACUGCAGGAGGUUCUAAAGAAAGCAUUGGUUCAUGAUGGACUUGCUCGUGGAUUAAGAGAAUGUGUAAAAGCACUUGAUAGACGGCAAGCACAUUUAUGUGUUCUUUCGGAAUCGUGUGAUGAAGAGGCUUAUACAAAACUUGUAGAAGCUCUUUGUGCAGAACAUAAUAUUAAUUUAGUUAAAGUUUCAGAUUCAAAAAAGCUUGGAGAAUGGGCAGGAUUAUGUACUUUGGAUCGAGAAGGAAAUGCUAGAAAAAUCGUUCGAAGCUCAUGUGUAGUUGUUAAAGAAUAUGGAGAAGAAUCAGAAGCUCUGAAUGUUUUAUUAGAUUAUUUUAAAAAUCAAUGA